UGAGGAUGUCUUGUAGUAGAUUCCUUUUCUCCACUGAAGGAAUGAUGACUGACUUCCUGAUGUCAGGGUUUUCUACAAGGCCAAGAUGUAACUUGGAGUCAAUUGUGAAGAGUUGCUGGACAGCAGAGAUUAAAGAUGGAGUUCCAUUGUAGUUGCUGUUUAUAAUCCUUGUAGAGAAGAAUACUGAAGUUGGGAAAAAAUGUUAGAAACUAUAGACAAAAAUCGGGCCCUGCAGGCAGCUGAACGCUUGCAGACCAAGCUGCGUGAGCGUGGGGAUGUGGCAAACGAAGACAAACUGAAUCUGCUCAAGUCAGUGUUGCAGAGCCCGCUCUUCAGUCAGAUUCUGAACCUUCAGACAUCAGUACAGCAGCUGAAAGACCAGGUAAACAUUGCAACUUCAACAAUUUCAAAUGUCGAAUAUGCCCACAUUCCACAUCUCAGCCCAGCUGUAAUUCCUCCCCUGCAAAAUGAAUCAUUUUUAUCAUCCUCAAAUAAUGGGAAUCUGGAAGUUCUUACAGGAUUGGGUACUGAACACAUCAAUGGGAAACCUGCUUGUGAUGAAUUUGAUCAACUAAUCAAAAAUAUGGCCCGGGGUCGCCAUGUAGAAGUGUUUGAGCUCCUUAAACCUCCAUGUGGAGGCCUGGGGUUCAGUGUUGUGGGCCUGCGGAGUGAACACCGGGGAGAGCUAGGGAUAUUUGUGCAGGAGAUCCAGGAGGGCAGUGUGGCUCACAGAGAUGGGAGAUUGAAGGAAACUGAUCAAAUCCUCGCUAUUAACGGACAGGCACUCGAUCAGACAAUUACACAUCAGCAGGCCAUCAGCAUCCUGCAGAAAGCCAAAGAUAAUGUCCAGCUAGUUAUUGCCAGAGGCUCAUUGCCUCAGCUCAUCAGCCCCAUAGUUUCCCGUUCUCCUUCUGCGGCCAGCACCAUUUCAGCUCACUCCAAUCCGGUUCACUGGCAGCAUGUGGAAACUAUCGAAUUGGUGAAUGAUGGUUCUGGUCUGGGAUUUGGCAUUGUAGGAGGAAAAGCAACUGGUGUGAUCGUGAAAACCAUUCUCCCUGGAGGAGUAGCUGAUCAGCAUGGAAGAUUAUGCAGUGGUGACCACAUCCUAAAGAUUGGUGACACAGAUCUAGCAGGAAUGAGCAGUGAGCAAGUGGCCCAAGUCCUCAGACAAUGUGGCAAUAGAGUCAAGUUGAUGAUUGCGAGAGGUGCGAUAGAAGAACCAGCAGCAUCCGCCUCUUUGGGUGUCACGCUUUCCUCAUCUCCAUCUUCCACUCCAGAGAUGCGGGUUGAUGCUUCCACUCAGAAAAGUGAAGAAAGUGAGACAUUUGAUGUAGAACUCACUAAAAAUGUCCAAGGAUUGGGAAUUACCAUUGCUGGUUACAUUGGCGAUAAAAAAUUAGAACCUUCAGGAAUCUUUGUAAAGAGCAUUACAAAGAGCAGUGCUGUUGAACAUGAUGGAAGAAUCCAAAUUGGAGACCAAAUUAUAGCAGUAGAUGGCACAAACCUUCAGGGUUUUACCAAUCAACAAGCAGUAGAGGUGUUGCGACACACAGGACAGACUGUGCACCUGACACUGAUGAGGAGAGGAAUGAAGCAAGAAGCAGAGCUCACAUCAAGGGAGGAUGUCACCAAAGACACGGUUUUGUCUCCUGCUGAUGGCAGUGUAAGCAAAGAAAAUCAUGAAGAAGGUGAAGAUUCUUUACAAGAGCAUAGAAGAAAUACCAGCAUAUUACCAGUUGAAGAAGGUAAACACCUGGAGCCAGGGUAUCCAUCACUGUUGGCUGAGAGAGAAGAAAUAGAAGAUGCACAACGACAGGACACUGCCCUGCUGACCAAGUGGCAAAGGAUUAUGGGGAUUAAUUAUGAAAUAGUGGUAGCCCAUGUGAGCAAGUUCAGUGAGAACAGUGGGUUGGGGAUAAGUCUGGAAGCCACAGUGGGACAUCAUUUUAUCCGAUCUGUUCUACCAGAAGGUCCUGUUGGACACAGCGGGAAGCUUUUCAGUGGAGAUGAGCUGUUGGAAGUGAAUGGGAUAACUCUCCUUGGGGAGAAUCACCAGGAUGUGGUGACUAUUUUAAAAGAACUGCCUAUAGAGGUGACAAUGGUGUGCUGUCGUCGAACCGUGCCACCCACCGCCCAGUCAGAAUUGGACAGCCUGGACUUGUGUGACAUUGAACUAACAGAAAAGCCUCACGUAGAUCUUGGUGAGUUCAUCGGGUCCUCGGAGACAGAGGAUCCUGUGCUGGCGAUGCCUGAUGUGGGCCAGAAUGGAGAGGAGGAGGUUCAAGGACCUUUGGCCAUGUGGGAGGCUGACGUUCAGAACAUAGAGCUGGAAAAAGGCAGUCAAGGACUUGGUUUUAGCAUUUUAGAUUAUCAGGAUCCAGUUGACCCAGCAAGCACUGUGAUUGUAAUUCGUUCUCUGGUGCCUGGUGGUGUUGCCGAAAAGGAUGGACGACUUCUCCCUGGAGAUCGACUCAUGUUUGUCAAUGAUGUUAACCUGGAAAACAGCAGUCUUGAAGAAGCUGUCCAGGCACUGAAGGGUGCACCCUCAGGAACUGUGAGAAUAGGAGUUGCCAAGCCUUUACCUCUGUCACCAGAAGAAGGUUAUGUUUCUGCUAAGGAGGAUUCCUUUCUCUACCCACCACAUUCCUGUGAGGAGGAGGGGCUGGCUGACAAAGCCCUCUUCAGGGCUGACUUGGCUCUGGUGGACACAAAUGAUGUUGACCUAGCUGAUGAAUCUGCAUUUGAGUCUCAGUACUCUCCAGAUAAUGACAGUAUCUACUCCACUCAAACGUCUCUGCUGUCUCUUCAUGGCAGUGCUUGUAGUGAUAGCCUGAAUUAUGGUCCUUCUCUUCCAUCUUCUCCUCCCAAGGAUAUUACUGAAAGUUCUUCAGAUCCAGUACUUGAUCUGCACAUGUCCUUGGAGGAGCUCUAUGCCCAGAAUCUCCUGCAAAGACAGGACGAGAGUCCGCCUUCAGUGGACAUGACCAUGGGACCUGCCUCUGGCUUUACCGUAAAUGAUUAUACACCUGCAAAUGCUGUUGAACAGCAAUACAAAUGUGAAAACACAAGAGCCUGGACUGAAUCUCAUCUACCAAAUGAAGUUGUAUCAAGUGCAGAACUGAAUUCUCCUGUGCUAAGUGAUUCCUCUGGGAAGGGCUCCAAGUUCUUAAUUCAACAGGGUUGCCUGGCCUCUGCUGCCGAGUGUGCCAUGCUCCAAAAUCUAUCCAGAGAAUCUCUUGAGAGGACUAUUACAAUAGCAAAAGGCAAUUCUAGCCUAGGAAUGACAGUAAGUGCUAAUAAAGAUGGCUUGGGGAUGAUUGUUCGAAGCAUUAUUCACGGGGGUGCCAUUAGUCGAGAUGGCCGGAUUGCUGUUGGUGACUGCAUCUUGUCUAUUAAUGAAGAAUCUACUAUCAGCUUAACCAAUGCCCAAGCACGAGCCAUGUUAAGAAGACAUUCUCUCAUUGGACCUGACAUAAAAAUUACUUAUGUGCCUGCAGAACAUUUGGAAGAGUUCAAAAUAAACUUGGGACAACAAUCUGGAGGAAUAAUGGCAUUGGAUAAUUUUUCUUCAUACACUGGAAGAGACAUUCCAGAGCUACCAGAACGAGAAGAAGGAGAGGGGGAAGAAAGUGAACUUCAAAAUGCAGCAUACAGCAAUUGGAAUCAGCCCAGGCGGGUUGAACUUUGGCGAGAACCAAGCAAGUCCCUGGGCAUCAGCAUUGUUGGUGGACGAGGGAUGGGGAGUCGUCUAAGCAAUGGUGAAGUGAUGAGGGGCAUUUUCAUCAAACAUGUUCUUGAAGAUAGUCCAGCUGGCAAAAACGGAACCUUGAAACCUGGAGAUAGAAUAGUAGAGGUGGAUGGAAUGGACCUCAGAGAUGCAAGCCAUGAACAAGCUGUGGAAGCCAUUCGGAAAGCAGGCAACCCUGUAGUCUUUAUGGUACAGAGCAUUAUAAACAGACCAAGGAAAUCCCCUUUGCCUUCCUUGCCGCACAACCUUUACCCUAAGUACAACUUCAGCAGCACUAACCCAUUUGCUGAUUCUCUUCAGUUCACCGCUGACAAGGAAUUACAGAAUCCAAGUAGAGUUAUCUUCAGUUGUUCCCCAACUAACCCCUUUGCUCCCACACCAUUUAAGGCGCCCAGUCAGUCGGAAUCUGAGCCGGAAAAGGCUCCUCUGUGCAGUGUGCCUCCACCCCCUUCUUCAGCAUUUGCAGAAACAAGUGGGGAUCAUGCACAGUCGUCUGCAAACAAAGUCUCAGAAGAUGUGGACAAAGAGGAUGAGUUUGGUUACAGCUGGAAAAGUAUCAGAGAGCGUUAUGGAACCCUAACAGGAGAGCUACAUAUGAUUGAACUGGAGAAAGGUCGUAGUGGUUUGGGUCUGAGUCUUGCUGGGAACAAAGACCGAUCCAGGAUGAGUGUUUUUAUAGUGGGGAUUGAUCCAAAUGGAGCCGCUGGGAAAGACGGUCGAUUGCAGAUUGCAGAUGAGCUUCUAGAGAUCAAUGGUCAAAUUUUAUAUGGAAGAAGUCAUCAGAAUGCUUCAUCAAUCAUUAAAUGUGCCCCUUCUAAAGUAAAAAUAAUUUUUAUCAGAAAUAAAGAUGCAGUGAGUCAGAUGGCUGUAUGUCCUGGGCAUGCAGUGGAACCUUUGCCUCCUACCUCAGAGAAUCUUCAAAAUAAGGAGGCUGAACUGAGUGUUCCUACUUCCGAUGAAACUGCAGACCUCAGUUCAUUUAAAGACGUGCAGCAUCUGGAGCUUCCCAAGGAUCAGGGAGGUUUAGGCAUUGCCAUCAGCGAAGAAGAUACACUCAAUGGAGUCGUCAUAAAGAGUCUUACAGAGCAUGGGGCAGCAGCCAAGGAUGGACGGCUCAAAGUUGGUGAUCAGAUCUUGGCUGUAGAUGAUGAGGUAGUUGCUGGCUAUCCUGUUGAGAAGUUUAUCAGCCUUUUGAAAACAGCGAAGACAACUGUGAAACUGACCAUUCAUGCUGAGAAUGCAGAUUCCCAGGCUGUUGCUUCAGCAGCUGGUACAGCCAAUGGAGAAAAAAAGAACAGCCCCCUGUCUCCGAUUGUCCCGCCGUCUGGCUCCCCGGAACCAGAGUCUAUCCGAAGUACAAGUAGGUCAUCAACACCAGCAAUCUUUGCCUCUGACCCUGCAACCUGCCCCAUCAUCCCAGGCUGUGAAACAACAAUUGAGAUUUCCAAAGGGCGGACAGGGUUGGGCCUGAGCAUUGUCGGGGGUGCGGACACACUGCUGGGUGCCAUUAUUAUCCAUGAGGUUUACGAAGAAGGAGCAGCAUGUAAAGACGGGAGACUCUGGGCUGGAGAUCAGAUUUUAGAGGUGAAUGGCAUUGACUUGAGAAAAGCCACACAUGAUGAAGCAAUAAAUGUCCUGAGACAGACACCACAAAGGGUGCGCCUGAUGCUCUACAGAGAUGAGGCCCCAUACAGAGAGGAGGACGUGUAUGACACCCUCACUAUUGAGCUGCAGAAGAAGCCGGGGAAAGGCCUGGGGUUGAGUAUUGUUGGUAAAAGAAAUGAUACUGGAGUAUUUGUGUCUGACAUUGUCAAAGGAGGAAUUGCAGAUGCUGAUGGAAGACUGAUGCAGGGAGACCAGAUACUGAUGGUGAACGGGGAAGACGUCCGUCAUGCCACCCAGGAAGCUGUCGCAGCUCUGCUAAAGUGUUCCCUAGGCACAGUAACCUUGGAAGUUGGAAGAGUCAAAGCUGGUCCAUUCCAUUCUGAAAGGAGGCCUUCUCAAAGCAGCCAGAUGAGUGAAGGCAGCCUGUCAUCAUUUACUUUUCCACUUUCGGGCUCCAGUACAUCUGAGUCACUGGAAAGUAGCUCAAAGAAGAAUGCAUUAGCAUCUGAAAUACAGGGAUUAAGAACAGUUGAAAUUAAAAAGGGGCCUUCUGAUUCACUGGGGAUCAGCAUUGCUGGAGGAGUGGGCAGCCCCCUUGGUGAUGUUCCUAUAUUUAUUGCAAUGAUGCACCCGAAUGGAGUUGCAGCUCAGACCCAGAAACUCAGAGUUGGGGAUAGGAUUGUCACUAUCUGUGGCACAUCUACUGAGGGGAUGACUCACACUCAAGCAGUUAACUUACUGAAAAAUGCCCCUGGCUCCAUAGAAAUGCAGGUAGUUGCUGGAGGAGAUGUGAGUGUGGUCACAGGUCACCAGCAGGAGCCUGUCACUUCUAGUCUGUCUUUCACUGGGCUGACAUCAAGCAGUAUAUUUCAGGAUGAUGUAGGACCUCCUCAGUGUAAGUCUAUUACACUGGACCGGGGACCAGAUGGCUUAGGCUUCAGUAUAGUAGGAGGAUAUGGUAGCCCUCAUGGAGACUUACCCAUUUAUGUUAAAACAGUGUUUGCAAAGGGAGCAGCCUCGGAAGAUGGGCGUCUGAAGAGGGGUGAUCAGAUCAUUGCUGUCAACGGGCAGAGUCUAGAAGGGGUAACUCAUGAAGAAGCUGUUGCCAUCCUUAAGCGGACAAAAGGCACUGUCACUUUGAUGGUUCUCUCCUGAAUUUGCUGCUGGAGUUGAGCUACCUCAGCCCCUCUUAUGCAUCUGGUGGUGUAAAGAGAAUGGAACCAGUCCUGUGGACUCUUCCCAGUCUGUGGUCAUCUGGCUCUUCAAAACAGAAGGGAGGAAAUAGCAUUUAAGUUUGCUUUUCUACUGACAACAGUGCAUCACUUUUCCUUUCUCCUUGUAUUUUGUGAUAUAAACUCAAAGAAAAGGACUCUUGGCAUGGGUAAAUCCAGUCUUUCUUCCUGAAGGUAUCUGAUAUUUCAUAAUCAUGAGGGCAAAAAUUAAUAUGUGUUCAACUGGUUUGUAUAGAAAGAAAAUUCAAAGCUAACCAAGGAGGAAUGUCUUCAUGAAAUUAAAGUAAAAAAAUGAAAAUAUAAAGAAGAAACCUGAAAUUUAUAAAAAUCUUAUUUUGUUAAUCCACCUUGUCUCCCCAAUUCUAACCAAAAAAAAAAGUUUUGCUGAAAAUCUUUAAAAAUACUUUUAAUUACUUUCAUUAUUUAAAAAAUUUUGAAUCUUAUUAAAAAUCACAUCUCCCCACCUCUAAUAUAUACAUACAUAGUUUCCUUCCAAAAUGGGCUUCAAGAUUGAGUAACUAGCAAAUACAGGAAGCACUGUCCCUAAGUCUGUAAAGAAACCAUUUAUUGCACAGCUUGAUGGUCAUUUUCAUUUUUGACCUGUUGUAAUAUAUUUUCAUGUUUCUGUAAGUAAAAUGAUGCUGCUGUCUUGUAUUGACUUUGGUUUGUCUAGAAGCAGCCAUGCUUACUGUGGAGGAACAUAGAUGACUCUCCGAAUUGUCAGUACUGGUUUAAGUGAUGCAGCACUAAAAAUGUGUCAGUGUGCUGUGCAAUUGGUUUUCAAUUAGUAUUAAUGACAGAAAAAAAAAAGCAAUGCGUUAGUAAUUAUUUUGGUUGUAUGCCAUUAGUAAAUUGAUAGAAAACUUAAGGGGAUUAACAUAACUUCUUUUCAUUGCUUUAUAUUAACAUCGUAUAAUACAAUAGUUUAAGGGAAACAGAUGGAGCUGUUUAUUGAGACAACUGGUGAGGAAUUAUCAUGUGUUCAUUCCCAUUUUAGAGCGUGAAACUCCUACAUUAGAAUAUAUAAAGUCACUUUAAAUAUUAUCUAUAUUUGUAACAAAAGUAGUGUACAGAUAUUUUAUUACAGCACUUUUGUGUAAAUGCAGAACUGAAGUGAAUAAAUAAGUUUCAUGGCACACAAAAAA